AUACUAUCUUUCAUGAACAAUGUAACUGCGACAUCUUUGAUUGCGUACAAGGCAUGGUCACACAGAAUAUUCCUCAGAAGACAUUUGGGUGCCGAAGGGGCCAAAACACGGCUCCUGAGAAUUCUCGCCUUGUUCGUGGAGUCUGGGAGCCUCUAUUGCGGCCUUCUAGUGAGC